AAUUAGGUCAGUAAUUCUGUUUUACAUUCUAUCCUUUGUAAAAGUUUGAGAAGUCCUGUAGCCGGUAAACGUUUCGGUCGAGUGGACAACUUGAACAGAGGAAAUAUGAACACCAUGGCCAAUAUUUUACGGCUUAAAAUUCAGAGGCAUCUGUUUAUCAUGUAAACACUUUGGGGUGUUCUGCACCUGUUGACGGUAUUUGUUGAUCGUCACGCUGGUUUUGUGAUCGUUAUAAGAAAUCUUCAAGAUUUUCUUCUUACAUUCUUCUAUCUGUGAUUGAGCAGAAGUGCAAAGUCUUGACUGUUUAGGUGAAGGUUACAGACAGUGACGAUGUUGUUAUUUUAUAUGGCGUUUGCAUCUAUGGCUUCAAUGGCAGUCAUGGGGAAGGCUUUGAUAUCGGAGAAAGUUAUUUCAUACCCAAGAUCUAACCGAACUGCGUCAACUAUGCGGAAGAAGUCAUAUCCAGGCUCAUUUAGAAGUCUAAGUUCAACUUCUCGUUUGGCGUCUCCACCGGCAUCAUCUCCUCAUUCUCACCGUUCAAUAAACAAAACCCGCCCCUCAAACGAGCGGACUCAUGCAGGUAAUCCAGCUACAUCGACACUCCGAUUUCACUGCUUCAGCUACCCAGGUGCACCUGCAAUGGAUCGUAGCGAGAUAUUUGAAAUCAAAGGGAAAUCUUUCAAAAGUGAUGGUUGCUGGAGGGAUAACCGAGAUCGUGCGAUAGAAAAAUUAGAAGGAAAGCAUCCUCUCUUAAAAGAAUCAGAUUACAGAUCUCGCGUGAAUGCUCUCAUGAAAUGUGCUGAGGUAGCUCUCGCGAAAAAUUUACCUAUGUUCGCCCUGCAAAAUGGAGGGCAGUGCUUUGGAGGAAUAGAUACUGGGAAAACAUUUAGAAAAUAUGGACCGAGUGCGGCAUGCUGCGAUGGAAACGCAAAAGGCGGUAGAAGAUAG